AUGCCCAGCGUAAAUUGUCCUGUUAAUGGUUGUACGAAUAGCCAGUAUAAAAUUCGAAAGUGGAAGAAAGAAUUGCGUGAUAUACACAACAAUGUUAUCAAGGAAUUAUGUGGAUGCGAACGACCAUUUUAUUUAUAUUGUUUUGCGAGCAUUAAGAACAACAACGAGCAAAGGCAGAAUUGGAUUAAACUUAUCAAGCGAGAAGGACAUAAUAAAUCAAAAUGGACUCCUGCUGGAAGUGACAGAGUGUGUUCGUUUCAUUUUGCUGAUGGGGUGCCCACUGCCGCCAAUCCAGAUCCAACUUUGAACAUGGGUUACGAACUCUUACAAAAACGACCAAGAAGAGAAUUAUUUCGUUCAGGUGUUGUACCUAACUGUAAGAAAAAAAAAUUGUUAAAUGAAGAAGUUGACGAAGCAGUUGUUAAUGAUAAUGUUGAUAAUGUUGUUAAUGAUAAUGUUAAUGUUGAUGAUAAUGUUAAUAAUGAAUUACCAUGUCAAUCAUCAUCAUUCUUUUCACCAGUAUCGGAACAUUCCUAUUUUUCAUCAUCAUUAACUCAGCAAUGUGAGGGAUGUAGCUACAAGAAAAAUGUUAUUGAUUCUCUUGUAUCAAAAAUAAAUAUGUUAACAUUACAAGUUAAAACUGCCAACAGAGUGAAAGUCUUCAAUACUAAAAAAAGUGUUUUUACAUGGCGAAAAAUAAAGACAGACCAAAAAAUGAAUUUUUACACUGGCAUAGUAUCUAUUGCCAUGUUUGAAUCAGUAUUUCAACUUUUGAACCCAUACUUAUCUAAGAUCAGAUACUGGAGAGGCCCUAAACGUGCAAAUAGCUACAGCAAAGUCAAACGUACUUAUUCUACUCCAGCAAGCAAAAUCCUUACACAUCGUGACGAAUUUUUGCUAACUUUGAUGAGGUUGCGUUUAGGUUUACUAAAUGAAGACCUUGCUGACCGCUUCGGAAUUUCACCCACUAUUUGUUCCAACACUUUCACGACAUGGAUACAGAUUUUAAGCAAAAUUCUGGGCAACGCUCUUGUUGUAUGGCUACCAAGAGAAGCGACUAGAGACAAUUUACCUGAUGCCUUUACUAAAACUGGACACUCGAAAUGCAGAGUAAUUAUUGACUGUACUGAGGUGUUUAUUGCAAUACCAAAAUCUUUACUAAACCAAGCAGCUACAUGGUCCGAUUACAAGCACCACAACACAAUAAAAUUCUUAAUUGGUAUAUCAUCUGCAGGUUUCAUAACAUUUUUAUCUGACUGUUAUGGUGGUCGGGCCAGCGAUCGAUAUAUAACAAAGGAUAGUGGGUUUUAUGAAUUGUUAGAACGGGACGACGAAGUAAUGACUGAUAGAGGGUUUUAA